AUGAGCCCAGUCUCGCCCCUCACUGCUCGCACGGAGUGCUCGACUCCCUCGACUGUCAUUGAGCAGAUCGGCACCAGCAAGGAGGUAACCGUAUACGCCACUAGCGGUGGCCUCACAGCUCUGUACGUGUGCAGACGCGUCAACGGACGCGAAUGCUACAAUCUUGCCGGUGCCAUCGCCGCAGCUGUUGCAAGUCUCUUCCUGAUCCUGCAGAGAUCUGACACCAUCCCAGCUCGUGAUGGUAGCGCUGAGUCCCUCGUCGACUUCCUCACCCGGGAGCUGGUCGCCGAUGGCUCGACCUUCGAGUCCAUCACCGGCGCCACCCCCCACCUCCUCCCCCGCUACGACUCUGGCACGCGUAUCCCUCAGUCCGUGGCCAGCGUCCACGGUCUCAACUUCCUCAACACCACUCUGAAACCGGACGUCUACGACUUCGGCGACUGA